GCACCCAUAGUCUAAAGAUAGCGCCACGUGUCCGGUCUCCCCAGUGCGAUCCUCUCAGCUUAGUCUGACCUUACACUGCAACAGUCUCCAUUCUACAGCAGACCUUCCUCAUCCUCUCCUUGUAGUAAUCUUCAUAUUCCUGACAUCAUGAGCUGUCAGGGCAUUGGUGUGAAUGAUGCACAGGACACUCUGGAUACGUAUCUGCUGUGUUACAACAAGGGAUGUGGACAACGAUUCCUUCCUGACGCCAACACUGCAGACUCUUGUCUGUUCCAUCCGGGGUACCCCAUUUUUCACGAUGCUUUAAAGGGCUGGUCUUGCUGUAGGAAACGCACAACAGACUUUUCAGAAUUUCUAGAUAUCAAGGGCUGCACCAAAGGUUUUCACAACAACGAUAAACCAGCUGGACCUUUAAAACCUGACAUUUCUGGAAGUAAAAAUGCAUCGGACAGCCCCGGAUCAAAAUCAUGUACAGAAAUCAUCGUACAAGGCCCCAAAUCUGCAGAAAAGAUGCAAAAGGAGAGACCAAGCACACAAGAACCAAUGAAUCCUCUUGUGCUCAAGGUGUCUCGGUCACUUGAACAAGAAUUAGAAAAGCUCACUUUGAAGUCCAAUAAAGAAUCUGAAAACAAAGUUGAACCUUCAGGAACAUUAUUAGGGAGAAGAUGUAAGCACUCAGGAUGUAAAGUGAUCUAUGAAGGGCCACAGAGUGAAGAAGCAAACUGUGUGUAUCAUCCUGGGGUGCCAGUUUUUCAUGAAGGGAUGAAGUACUGGUCCUGCUGUGCUAUUAAAACAAGUGACUUCAAUGAGUUUCUGGACCAGAAAGGAUGCAGCACCGGGACACAUCUGUGGGUACAGCCUCCCGAGAAGCAAAAAGUGUCAUGUCGGUAUGACUGGCACCAAACCAGCAGUCUCGUCGUCAUCACAAUUUAUGCCAAAACAGCUCUGCCAGAUCUAACAAAGGUUCUUGCCAAUUGUACCCAGGUGGACAUUCAAAUCACUUUUGAAGGCAAGAAGGAAUUCAGAAAAGAGUUGGAGCUGUGGGGUGUUAUCAAUACCAAAAGUUGCUUUGUCAAUAUGCUGCCCACGAAAGUGGAGAUCACACUUAAGAAAUCUGACCCAGUGACAUGGAGCCGACUAGAGCUUACAGUGGCUGCUCCACAGAUCACAAAUGAAGCAGAACCAAAUGUGCCUGCAGCAGCCCCCAUAGUGGAUGUUGAUGAAGACUCAGAUGAUGACCUCAGCUGGUCAGAAGAUGAGAUUUGUGACUGAGCGGUGGCCCUGUUCAGUCAGUUAUGUUUCUUUUUCUAGAUAAAAAUAACCUUUUACCUCAUGGACUUGUCACUUUCCUCUCUUCCAUGUCACAUAUCCCCUCUCAGUGCUACAUUUUACAUGUCAGUCCUGUACACUGUGUAUUUAAUGCCCAUCAUUUAUCUUCAUGUCUCCUUUGUCGAGGAUAAUGUAUUUCUCUUUAAUAAAGGUUUUGCU